AGCCAUGUAGAUGCGGGGUUACGAAGUUUGAUCGGGCUGUAGUAUGGCUACUAGGAUGUCUAAUAGUGUUGCUUCUGAUGUUUCCCAGGUGAAGCAAGUGAUAAAGAUAAUAGCUGAUAAGUUGAUUACGAUACGAGAUCAACACAUUUCCACGGAACUUGGUCUAGAUGAGUGCAGAAGUCUCGAAAACAAAAUCAUCAAGUACUACUGCAGGAUAAUUUUGAUGAUGGAAAAUGCUCCUGAUGACGAUGACAAAAACACUUACAUGGACUUUUCACAACUGCUCAAGGUGAUAGGAAUCCACGAUGAUGGGAUAGAAGAAAUCUCGAAAUCAGAAACUCUGAUAGAUAUAUUGGACCUAGACGACAGUCAAACUGCUGGCUUUGCUCAGAAGUAUGCUCUGCAUCGUGAGGAGACCAGGAAGUUUUGUCUCUUUCUGCACAACUUACGGCGUUGUGUCCAUGACAGGAAGAGCAAUAAGGAGGGGCUGAACAACUACGUGUGGCAGAGUUGGAACAAGAUCCCCCGUUAUCACAGUACCAGUAGCAUGGACAGAUUAGCACUUCCGGGCAACCUGCCCCGCUCUCAAUCUUACUCUCUUUCUAACGCUAAUCUACUUAAUAAGGUGGUGAACAAGUCGCAGCCUAAUCUCAGCAAUGUGGUUAACAUGGAAUGUCUCAACCAAUACUCGAGUGUUCCCCGUAAUACAAGCAAGAGCGGAACAAAGAAACCACGUCCCUCCGUCCUCAAUCUGCCCUGUUUCAUGUAUCCUCCUUCCCCUUCUCUCAACUCCCCCAUCGUCAUGGCACACUCCAUCAAACACAGAUUCUCAUCCCGGUCCCUGCUUCUUAGUCAGAAUUGCGACUUUUGUCAUAAGAUGAUGUUGUUUAGGUACGGAGUACGUUGCAAGGAGUGUAAUUACAAGUGCCACAAGGACUGUUCCCUCAAAGCUCCAGCCUCCUGCGGACUCCCUCCGCAACUGGAGGAGUUUUAUAAGCGACAAUGCGAACUUUCUCAGACACAGCGAUCCAGCACUGUACAAGCAGCGUUAUCACCCUCAGCCCAGAACAUCUCAACCCCCGCCUCCCCGGGAUUGGGGCCCAUCAACACCCCUCCACUUACCCCUCCCGCUUCCGCUCCUUGCUCUUCCAAAAACAAGCAGAGGCUGGUCCACAAAAUAGGAGUCCCCAAGUCGUCCAACUAUACAAUGAAGGAACUCACCAUAAGUUCCUCUCCCCAACACUUCACAUUUCCGGACCAGUGUCAAUCUACACAUGGUACUACGGGCAACAUUAUGAGCUCAACAACUGGCAACAUGAUGAAUCAGUCUCCGCCGGCGUCGGGUAACAUGCUAAACCAGUCGCCACCGUUUGAGGGAGGAAGUAAGAGUCUCCCUCCAGGAGUGUCCCCUGGUACCCCAACUGCACAUGCACCUGCUUACUCCUCGCCAUAUCAAUCCCACACGAAGAAAACCACCGCCAUGGCUACUGUAAACGUUACACCCAGUGUUUCAUCACCCUCUGUUGACAUGGAGGAUGUGACGAUGACGAUAAAGCCAGUGUUCGACAUGGAAGAAGACGACGAGAGCGAGGAGAUCAGCGAACACGAACUGAAUUGGCUUAUGGCAAGCUGGUAUCCUGAGUACAUAGAAGAGGAAGACGAAGAAUUCGACGAAUUAGGCACUGAGCAGCCGAAACAGAACACUCUUCCGACAAGGAAACGUUUCCUGAGGAAGAGUGUGAUCAGUGACUGGGGAAUUAACUUCGAGGAGCUGAUCAUCGGCAAAAAGAUUGGUGACGGCAGGACUGGGCAGGUUUACGAAGGGAAGUGGCACGGUGACGUGGUAAUUAAGAUCUACCACAUUCCACAUCCCACCAAAGAGCAGUUGGCUCAGUUCAGAAGAGAGGUACAGAUGUUGCGUAAAGUCCGCCACGAGAACAUCGUCCUGUUCAUGGGAGUUUGCAUGAACCCACCAAACUUGUGUAUUGUUACGGAGUACAUCAAGGGCAAGAGCUUACACUUUUACAUACACGAACGGGGCAAGGCGUACACAGAGCGACAGAGCAUGCAGAUUAUGGAACAGGUCUCGGCAGCGUUGGGUUAUUUACAUCACAGAGGAAUAAUCCACAAAAACUUGAAGAGUAAAAACAUCCAUCUCAACGACAAGAAAGCCGUGAUAUGCGACUUUGGUUUGGGCAGCAUGACUGAUCUCAAGCUGAAAAAAGGAGAGAAGGGCUUCGAGGUUUUGUUUAAUGUGAACCUGUAUUACCUUGCUCCGGAGAUUAUAAGAAAACUUCAAGCUGUCGUCGCAGGUAAAGAGAAGGGCGAGAUAGAGUUAUCAGAGUCUACAGACGUGUAUGCUCUGGGCACUGUUUGGUAUGAGAUCCUAGCUGGACACUGGCCUUGGCCAGGUCACAGUCCUGAACAGGUAUGGUGGCAUCUCUCCAAAGGACUGGUUCCUGAUGUGUCCAGUUCCUCAGCUGAUAUGAGUCGACUUCUUCUCUCCUGCUGGACAAAUGAUCCACACUCUCGUCCCAACGCAGCCCAGCUCGCUAAGGAUAUACGCGCGCUGCCUCUCCCGCGCGCGCUCCAGAGGUCUCCCUCGCAUCCAGUGGGCCUCAAAAGGACGGCUACUUCUUGAGCUGAAGUUUUUUUUUGCAUUUUGCAGAGUUUAGGUUUCAUUUAAUGGCUUGUCGAGCCGGGCUAGGUGUAUUGUCGAGUAAAUUAUUUUAGAAUUUAUGAAGCUCUCUGAUGUAACUGUCACGUCUUUCUGUAUAGUAGGUAAGAGAUGAUAUUUCUGCACCGUUUUGCGGCGGAGAACUUUUUUCUUAUUAAAGUAGUCAAAUUUCUUACCGAUGUUGGCAACUUUUGGGAUAAAAUUUACCACCACAAAAUGAUGCGUUAAUUUGCCAUCCACUAUAAGGAGCGUUCAACUGCGUUUACCAAUGUAAAUACAUUUAAUUAGAUAAUUAACUUUGUGGUAAAUAAUGAUAAUCAAAUAAUCGUUUAGUGGGGAAUGUUUACAAUUUGCGUACCGAGAAUGGAAUGAUAAAUUUCACCUUAGUUCGACAACUACUUAUUAUUGUACGUAAUGAUGUGUAUGUUAUUAACUGAAUUAGAAAUAAUCAGUUUGAAUCGA